UAGAGCAGAGAAGCCAUAAAUCUAUACUCUCACACGCGAGCUCGAAACCUAACGUCUUGAAGUUUUAAGCGCCAGAGUGCAAUCCGCUGUUCUUCAGUCUACGAUUCGAAGCUCUAAGAUUCCGUUUUGCUCUGAAGAUUUUGACUGCAAUAAACUUUAUCUGUGUGGUUUUUAAGAGGAAAAUUCUGAUGGAUUUUGACGCCUAUGAUUAUUUGGAGAAAACCGUUGAAAACCCUGAGCCCCAGAAAGAGAAGGAAGGUGCACUUAAUGGUGGCGGUGAAACUGGGAAGUCCGGAGACAAAGAUCGUAGUCGCAGUUUGAAGCAUAGGAGUGAUGAGAGGGACGAUAAUGUGGAACGCCACUCGAAGCGCUCGAGAUCAGGAGAUGAUUCGCGUGAUCGUGAUCGGAAUAGAGAGAGAGGCUCAUCUCAUCAACGCUCACGGUCUAGAGAUGGGGAAAGGGAUCGACACAGGAGUAGCCGGGAACAUAAGGAUAAGGAGAGAGAUGGGGAUAGAGAUAGGGAUAGGGAGGAGAGGAACGGGAAGGAGAGAGAUGGGGAUAGGGACAGAGAGCUUGAUCGUGAUCGAGACAGAGACAGGAGAGAACGUGUCCGUGAGAGUGAGAGGGACAGGGAGAGAGAGCGGUCACGUCGAAGCAGGAGUCGAUCAGAAAGGCAUCGGAGUGACCAUGACGAAAGAGAGAGGAGUCAUGACAGGGAGCUCAAAGAAAGAGAAAGGGAUAGGGAGUUACGGGAACGGGACAAAGAGAGCAGCAUGUCAAUGGCAACUAAGCACAUGAGGAAUCCCACCCAUUUCGUGAAGUUGGGAUCUGAAGGAAAUGAGUGAGUUCUCUAAAUUGAGUGGUUAGUGUUAAUGCUUUCAAGCAACGAUAGUAUAGGUACUUUUUGGGAGGUAGGUGUGAUCUUGUAAGACCUUAAAUCAAUGCUCUAAACAUUUCAGAACCUUGGUGUUAGUUAUGUGCGUUGUGGUUGGUCCACCUGAUUUUAAUGUUAAAAUUGAGUUUAGAGUGUUAAUGCUUCCAGGAAAUGAUAAAAUAGGGACUUUUGGGGUUUUGACACCUUACAUUGAACUCUAAAUAUGUCAGUACAUUGAUUCUGCACAUUGGCUUCAGUUAUGUACAUAUACUAUGUAAUCAGAAGGUGGAUUUCUCCUUCUCUGUUUUUUCCCGGAAGUGAGUGUUCCGUUUGGUCAUUUGUCCUAAUGAGUGACAUUUUUGUCAAAAAAAGAAAUGUUGGUGCAUGCUUGGU